AUGACUGAAUGCUUCCUGCCCCCCACAAACAGCCCUGCAGAGCAGCGCAGGGCCGAGCACUCGGGGAGCGCGGCCCGCACCCCCAGCUCCGAAGAGAUCAGUCCCACAAAGUUCCCUGGGUUGUACCGCACCGGAGAGCCGUCACCGCCACACGACGGCCAUCACCAUGAGGCUCCCGACGCCUACGCCUCAGACGAUGACAAAGAGCACAGCAAGAAGAAGAACAAGUUCAAGAAGAAGGAGAAAAGGACGGAAGGCUACGCUGCUUUCCAGGAGGACAGCUCUGCAGAGGAGGCAGAGAGCCCGUCCAAAAUGAAGCGCUCCAAGGGUAUCCAUGUGUUCAAGAAGCCAAGCUUCUCCAAGAAGAAGGAAAAGGACUUCAAGGUGAAGGAGAAAGGUCCCAAGGAGGACAAGGCCAAGGAUAAGAAAUCAAAGGACCUAACAGCUGCUGAUGUGGUGAAACAGUGGAAGGAGAAGAAGAAGAAGAAGAAGCCGACCACGGAGGUAGAGCCAGUCCGGUAGAGAUCCCGACCUUUAGGCCGUCUUUGGAGCUCCUCUCUGGCUGAAGCUGUGAAGAGGACAGCUCUGUACGAUAGCAUCCAGCUGCCCAUUUUCAGAGAAUGUGUGGACUAUGUUGAAAACUACGGCAUGAAGUGUGAAGGCAUCUAUCGAGUCUCAGGUAUGAAGUCCAAGGUGGAUGAACUAAAAGCAUCCUAUGACCGAGAGGAGUGUCCCUGCCUAGAGGAGUAUGACCCCCACACAGUUGCAAGCCUACUGAAGCAGUACCUGCGUGAACUGCCGGAGAACUUGGUGAGCCGAGAUCUGGCCCAACGCUUCGAAGACGCGUGCGGUCGACAGGUGGAGGCAGAGAAGGUGACAGAGUUCCAGAGACUGCUGGCCGAGGUGUCUCCAGAGAGCCGUCUUCUUCUGUCCUGGCUAAUCCACACACAUGACCAUGUCAUCGCCAGGGAGACAGAUACCAAGAUGAAUAUUCAGAAUGUCUCCAUCGUACUGAACCCAACCAUCCAGAUUGGGAACCGUGUCCUGUACAUGUUCUUCACGCAUGUGAGAGAGCUGUUUGGGGACGUUGUCCUGAAGCCGGUGGUACGUCCACUCCGCUGGUCCAACAUGGCAACAAUGCCGGCGCUGCCCGAGACCCAGGAGAGCAUCAAAGAGGAAAUCCGACGGCAGGAGUUCCUGCUGAACUGCCUCCAUCGGGACCUCCAGGCGGGGGUGAAGGACUUGUCAAAAGAGGAGCGGCUCUGGGAGGUUCAGAGAAUCCUGACUGCUCUUAAACGCAAACUGAGAGAGGCCAAACGUCAGGAGUGUGAGAGUAAGAUAGCCCAGGAAAUAGCCAGCCUGUCAAAGGAGGAUGUUUCCAAAGAGGAAAUGACUGAGAACGAGGAGGAAGUCAUCAACCUCCUUUUGGCUCAGGAAAAUGAGAUCCUGACUGAGCAAGAGGAGCUGAUCUCUCUCGAGCAGGUGCUCCGCAGACAGAUCGCUACGGAGAAGGAAGAAAUCGAACGGCUGCGCGCAGAGAUCGCAGACAUACAGAGUCGGCAGCAGGGUCGCAGCGAGACGGAGGAAUACUCGUCAGACAGUGAGAGUGAGAGCGAGGAUGAGGAAGAGCUGCAGAUUAUACUAGAAGACCUGCAGAAGCAGAACGAGGAACUGGAGAACAAAAACACCCACCUGAACCAGGCCAUCCAUGAGGAGCAGGAAGCCAUUCUGGAGCUCAGAGUCCAGCUCCGCCUCCUGCAGAGCCACAAACUGCAGCAGGAGCAGACCGUCCAGCCGGCGGCUGAACAGGCCCCGCCCACACAGCCCAGCCCGGAGGCCCACAGCGAGGAGCAAGCAAAACGCUCGGUUGCCGCCACCACGGCUGCCGGUACAGACAGCGCUGCCUUGACCAACGGAAAGCCUGCCAAGGCCUCAAAGCCCUCACCAAGCAAAGACAGGAGGGACACCACAUGUGAGAUGAUUUGAGGGCGCUGUGCUGCUGUACGUCUGUAACGCUGGUCAGUUGUCCUGUAGGUCGCUCGUAUCCACUGGAGGUGUCACAGUGGUGGACUGGUGAGUUUGUUUGGCAGAGAUGUGUUUUUUUUUGUUUUUUUUUUGUUUUUUUAUGAGUCCACAAUGGGCAGCACGUUGGCUUA